UCGACUUGAACCCGCCCACAGAUGUUCCGUGCGCUUUCUCUUCGCACUGCAGUGACUCCUGCGCUGACGAACCUCUUCUCCUCUGUCCCUGCCGUCUACGGUGCUGCCACCAGCCUUACCCGUGCCGGUGUUGAGGAGCGUGUCCUUCAGGUCGUGAAGAACACGCCCAAGAUCGACGAGGGCAAGGUCACCGCCGAGUCGCACUUUGUCAACGAUCUUGGACUCGACUCAUUGGAUACUGUGGAGGUGGUCAUGGCCAUUGAGGACGAGUUUGCUGUGCAGAUUCCCGAUCAGGACGCCGAGAAGAUUCACUCGGUUGCCCAGGCCAUCGACUACAUCCUCGCCCACAAGCAGGCCAAGUAGACGAUGCUGUGCUCUCCGCAGUAAAACCAGACACACACACACACACACA